GAAUUAUCGACGGCGAAGAACGAAGCUCUUUUUUUUUUUACUUGGAUGGAGACGACAAAGUUCUGCGAUUCCAAUAACUUGUGAUAAACCACCUCCGUCUUCUUCACUCUCCUUCAAUUUAUAGGUUCAAGCUUUGUUUAGAUCCUACCAUUUCUCGAUUCUUAGCUCACAAAAACUCAAAAGUCUUAUUAAGAGUUGAAAUGGGUUUAGGUUUACUGUUUCGAAAAAUGCUUUCUCAGUUCUUCGGGCGCUUCCGAUUUUAAUUUUGGGUUCCCGAGCAGAAAUCGAGCUUCCUAGGCUGAAAUUUAUAGGGUCGGAAAACCCCAAGUUUGGUAAAGUGUUACAUUAUCUUGGGUCCUUAAUUGAUAUGGCUAAAAUCAGUGACUUGUCUGAUGAAUUACUGGUGAAGAUAUUAUCGUUUCUUCCAACAAGAGUUGCUGUAUCAACUAGUGUUUUGUCGAAACAAUGGGAGUUUCUUUGGAUGUGGUUACCGAAACUUGAGUACGAUAACUUUACUGAUGACAAGAAUCUGCCAUUACACAGAGCUCCCAUCAUAGAAAGCUUGUGCCUUAGGUUUUUUUCUGGAUCACUUAAACCUGAGGAUGUAAAAUCGUGGGCUGGAAUUGCAGUUUCUCGCUGCGUGCGUGAGCUAAGUAUCAGCUAUUCUCAUUUCUAUAAAGAACCUGAUUUGUUAUUGCCCAGUAGUUUGUAUACCUGCAAAUCGCUUGUGACUUUGAAACUUGAAGGCUAUAAGAUUCUUGUGGAUGUUCCUCCAACGGUUAGUCUCUUUUCCUUGAAAACUUUGCGACUUGGAUGUGUGACAUACUCAAACGAUGAUUCUCUUCGACUGCUUCUAUCCGAUUGCCCUGUUCUCGAAGAUCUGUUUAUUGACCGAGAAGGCGAUGACAAUAUGAGAAAGUUGGUUAUCAUUGUCCCAUCCUUGCAGCGUUUAACUUUAAUUAUAGACCAAGAUUGUUCUUCUGAUGGGUAUGUGAUGGUUACCCCUUCUUUGAAGUAUUUCAAAGUUGAUGAUUAUAGAAGUGAAAGCGCCUGUUUGAUUGAGCAUAUGCCAGAGCUGAAAGAGGCAGAUAUCAGUCUAAUGGGAGAUAUUGAGAAAGAUACUGAAAGUCUUCUCAAAUCAAUUACAACUGUCAAACGUCUUACAUUGCGCGUAAGAGAGACUGUUGUGUAUCCCGAUUGUAUUUUCUUCAGCCAGCUUGAAAAUUUGAAGGUAUAUAUAUGCAGCAAAAAUUGGUCAAAGUUACUUGUCCACUUGCUCAAAGGUUCUCCUCACCUGCGAAUCCUCGAUCUCGAGGCCGAUAAAAAUUAUAAGCAGGUUAGCUGGAGCAAAAGUCAGGGCUCCGUUCCUAAAUAUUUCUUGAAUAGUCUUGAAACUUUCAAGUUUAAAGGGUACAACAGUAAGGACCAAGAAGACAGAGAUUUCAUGAGUCUUAUCUUCAAACAUGCUCGUUGCUUGAAAUCUACAUCAAUCUUGCACGGAUGAUGUUAUGUUCCACAAUUGAAACUUGAAUAUGAUCUAAGAGUCGUCGUAUUAUUAUAUGCUUAUCAGGAGUAAGUGUUUUAACUAGAUGUGGAAUUUCUUUUCGAACAAAACGUGUGCCUUCUUGUCACGUUGUAGUUCUAUCGUCUGAUGUUAACAUAUACAUUCUUGUAUGUGUGUGCCUUGUGACUCAAGUCUAGCUCUUUUCAAAGAAGAGAACCAAUUCAGGUUGUGGAACA